UCAGGUAUAUUUCUAUUUUAAAAAAAUUUUUUAUCAAUAUAAAAAUUUAGAAUAAAUUUAAUAGAAAAAUUUAAAAUUUACAAAUAAUAUUAUAAAUAAAUAAUAUUGAUAAAUUUCAUUACAUAUAGUAUAACAUAAUUCUAUAUAGUUCAAACAUUUUAGAUUAGUGUAAAGCAUGUAUAUACAUGUACCUUUAUAAAUAGCUAUUACUAUGCAUGAAAUAUUUUUUAUAAAAUUAUAUAUUAAAUAUAUAAAAUUCAAUAUUUUGAAUAUAUUGUUGAAUUUUUUAUUUUUUAAAUUUUUAAUAUAUAAAGUAGGUUAUUAUUCAAUAUAUAGAAUAUCUAAUACAAAAAAAUAUAAAAAUAUUUUUAAUAUGUGUAUAAAUAUAUAUGAUAUUUAUAAUUUUAUUAAUUAUAUAUUUUUUAUAUUAUUAGAUUACUUAUAGAUUAUUUAUUUUUAUUCGUGUAAUAUAUGUACAUAUUUAAAUCAUAAAAAUCAUUUUUCGUAAAAAUUUUAGUAAUUCAUAAAUUCGCGCAGGCGCACAUAUAAAAAUAUUGCGUUGCAUCGCCAUUCUAUUAGUCAAACAAGAUCCGGCAGUAUUUCAUCUGUUCAAAGUGUAAUGCGUUUUGGUACAAUUUGCCGGUUAUAAUAGUUUUUAUAAGAUCAUUGUGCUUAAUUUGAUGAACAAUCAUGUAUAAUAAAAAAAAAUACUACGGAAUAAACAUUUUUAUAAUUAGUUAUUUUAUUGAACAAUUAAAAAAAGAAAUUAUGUGACAAUAGUGCGAUUAAAAAUUGAUUAAAAAAAAUGUCAUAUUGUAUUGAUAAAUAAUACAUUAAAUAAGCUCAAAAUGCUUUUUAAAUCUUCGCAUGAAACAUGCUAAUAUGAUAUAUAUUAAUUGAUCGAAAUAAUACAUUCAGAAUCUAUAAGAUUUCAUGUAACCAUGUGGGAUCAUAUCAUACUGCGAAUCUUUGAAUAUCACAUUCUUCGUUGCAGGGCAAAAUACUGUUAAUUAUGAUAAUACAAUUGUUAUAUGUACAUAUACAGGUUCAUCCUGCAAAAGAAUAUAAAUCGUAGUCAAGUGAAUUAGUCACGUGAUGAGUUCAAAAGUUGAACGACUGUAUUUUUUAACUGUGAUACAUGAGUCAUUUAGAUACAUACAUCGAAAAAGUUAAAAUAUAAAAAAAUUAUUAUUUCAGAAUAAUAAAUGAUUGUGUUUUUUUAUUCCAAAGAUAUAUAGCAAAAUUAUUAAUCAAUGAAUUUAUUGUUAAAAUUUAAUAAUGCAUUUAAAUUAAUUGCAUAUCUAUAAUACAUUUAAAUCUAAUAUAAAGAAAAAAGAUAAUAACAAAAUAUAUAAUAAGUGAAAAUAUAAUAAAAUAUAUUUACCAAUAAUUACGUGCCAAAUUUAUAUGAAAAAUGUUUGGUACAACAACUCUAGUGAGCAGGUCAUUCCUAACAAUUUUGAUAUUAUUGACAUUAUACUUCCUUGGAAUGGACCUUUUGUUGUAUUCUAGAAUACAAAAUUAUGAUAUAAGACCUACAUUAAAUGGUACACCAUAUAUUUCAAUCAUACCUUGUGAUUUUAAUCCAUUAUGUACAGUGACUGUAAAAGGAUUAAUGCUUGAUCAUCCAAAUCAUUUUCUUCUGAGCCCUCUUGCAGCUAUCAUGGAUGAUUUAUUGCAAAUAAGUAGCUCUUGGAUAUGGGUGACGCCAAAUGCAAUCAGUUGUUUUCAUAUAUUCAUAGCAGUGGCAGCUGGUAAAUGUGUAUCAAGUGAUUCAUUAUCUUAUAGACGCUUAGGUGUAAUAAUUUUUCAAGCAAGGACAUGGUUGGAUGAUUUAGAUGGACAUGUUGCUAGAAAAAGAGCAAAGAUUAAUGGUGAACGAUCAGAUAUUGGUUCAACUGGUUAUAUUAUUGAUGGUAUCUGUGAUGGUUUGGGUUGUGUUGCUUUUAUUAUUGGCUUAUAUCAAUUUCUUGCCCGUAAUUCAAGUAGACGUGGAGGUUAUGAUAAGCUGCCUCAACUUCCUGUAUCUUCAGUUCUGGAACCUGGAAAUGUAACAUUGAAAACAUCAAAUGCAGCAUUUCGUAAUAUAUUACUUAUGACCGUCCAUUUGUUCCUCACCAGUGCCGCCUGGAAUCGAUAUAUAUCUUUAUACCAGGAUCUUCUUGAGACUGAUUAUAGAACACCAUCAAUUAGUAGAGAACAUCUUUAUGAUAGACAAACAACUAUAUUCAGAAGUUCAUCUUUUUCAAUAAUAGCUUUUUGCUGGAAAUUUCUAAAUUUCCAUGCUGUCAUGGAUUAUCUGCUUUUGGCAAUAUUUUUUGAUCGUAUGCGAGAAUAUAUUAGGCUUGUAAGAUGGUCUCCAUUUGUUAUUGUAUUAUUACUUGUUUAUAUAACUGAAUUUCAUUUUUUACGGGCCUAUACAUAUAUACAAGAAGUACCAUCUUUAAUUGAUGAAGAGAUAUCUUCAUCUGAUGUUUUUACUCAAGGAUGACAGUGUAAAUCUUGGAAAAUAUUGUUUUGUAUAUUUAUUUUUUACCGGUGAUAUAUAAUAAUUACAAUGACUAUUGUAUAUUUAAAUUUGCAAAUUUGUCUAUAAAAAUAUCUUGAUAAAAUUUUUUGUAUUUUCUAUUUUUCUGCAUGUAUUUUGUAUAAAUACCAGGCUAAUGUAUAAAAAAUGUGUAUAACCCCUUAAAUGGCAAAGUAAUAAUAUUUUUACAAUUUAUAAUAUUUUAUUUUAUUAUUAUGAUAUUAUAUUCAAUUAUAUUUCAUUAAUUAAAAUUUUCAGACAAUAAUUCAAUUUUUAAUUAAGCUAUUUAUAACUUGUAAUAUAUAAUAUUUAUAAUGCAAAAUCUUUUAAAGAAAGAUAACGAAUUAUUUUAACUUAUUAAAUAUUUAAUAAUAUACUUGUCUUCCUGAUUAAAUAUUUAUGUAAUAUAUCAUAGUUUAAUGUCUAUUGUAUGUAAUUAUUAUUAAUAUAUUAUAUAAUAUAUUACAAUACUACAAAUUAUUAGUUUUAUUAAUAUUUAAUGUUAGAAUAUUUGACAUUUAUUUUCAUUUAAGGGGUUAACAUUAUUAUUUAAUUAUAUAAUUAUAUAAUAACAGGAAUAUAUACUUGAAAAAUAAUUUAAUGGAUCUGAGCUUAUCCAUUUCAUGAAAUUUUUUUUAGUAUGUUUUUUAUAUCUGUAGUUAUAAAUGUAAAAUUAUUGAAAUAUGAAAUUAUAAUUAUUACAUAUUUCAAUUUAGUCAUUUAAUCUAAAUAAUAAUCUAUAGGUUGUAUGUAUUAUAUACAAAUAUAUAUUUAUGUUAAAUAUAUAUGGCAAGUAAUAUAUGUUUAUAUAUGUGAUAAUUAUUAUUACUAAGUGCAUAAAAAAUAUAAUUUUGUAUUUUUUACUUGUAAUAAUUAACGACCUCUUGCCUUUAUCUAUAUAUUUUAAUGUGAUCCAGUAUCGCGAGUUACCUAGUUAUAGUACUUGUAAGUUUGCUGAAGUCACGUGGUAGACUUUUACAUAUAUAAGCUGUUAUAAUGAGCUUUCAAUAAAAUCCGAUAUAAAUAUGACAUUAAAUCACGAAGACAUAAUAUAUAUAAUGUUCUUCCGUUACCGGAUUGCGCCAAGAUUAAAACCAAGAGUAGAAUCCAAAGUGUAGAGCUUCACGUUGAACUUGAAAAGCAAUGAGUACAUUUAACAGUGUACAAAUCAAGUUUGUGUAAAAUAUAAACUUUACUUAUCUGGCA